CGAAAAUCAACUGGAAUAAUCUUUUCAAUGGUGUAUUUUGUUAACAAUUGCAAAUUGGGCGGCUUUACUUUUCUCUGCAAUAAACGUUCGCAGUUAAAAUGAACAAUUUGGCAGCUCGUAACGAAACAGCGGACUUCGAGAUCCCUCGUAUGUGUCGAAUGUGCUUAUCGACUGAUUCUAGUGUAGAGCCGCUGACUUGCGACAAAUUAGGUGAAUAUUUCUAUCAAAAAAUCUUCGAACAUACAAGAGUUCAGAUGUUGCCAACAGCAGGAUUUCAAUCGUGUUUGUGUAGCCCCUGUAAAUCGCGUCUGCAUGAUCUAUUUACGUUCCGCUGGCGCUGCGAAAGAAAUGUUGACAUAGUCAAUCGACUCAUAGCAGAACCGAAUCCAAUUCAGUUCAUCAAAUUGGAAACAAAUGCAGAUCAACCUGGUGAUUAUAUGCAUUCAACAAACGGUGUUGAAUCAGUUUGGGUGAAACAGGAGUUUAUCACAACAGAUGCCGUGAAUGGCUUACAAUCGAACCAGCAAGAUUCGCAACGGAGAAACCGGACAAACCAUGGUAAUCAACAUGACGAUUUGUUUGAAACAGUGGAACAAUCGUUGGAAAUUAUUUUGAAAUGCGAACCGGAAAAAGCGCAACAGCUCCAAACGGAUCAGCUGCAUUCCAACUCUCAGAGGGGAAAAGAGCCGCUUGAUUUUGGAAAUCAGCACUCGUUAAAUCAAACAGAUGUUGGCGAUCAAGAAAAAUCAGGACUCACAAGUAACAAGUCUAUUUCAAUAAUUGGUCAGCAGCAACCGUCGACGUCGAAUGAACAACGAAGCAUACAAAACAAUCUCAUUAAACCGGAAUCUUCAGGGUCGACAAAACUUGACUCGAAUGAUAUUGGUAAUGUAAAUAUCAAACACAAACACCAAUGCCCGAAUUGUCCAGCAAAAUUCGCACGGUCAUGCAAACUGGAAGAUCAUAUCCGCACUCACACUGGCGAAAAGCCUUUCAAGUGUAAAAUAUGUAACAAAGCGUUUCAUUCGGCGAGCAACCAGAGGAAUCAUAUGACUAUACACAACAAGGAACUACGUCAUCAGUGUCCUCAUUGCACCGCCAAGUUUGCUCGAUCAUGGCAACUUAAGACCCAUACCCGCACUCACACAGGUGAAAAACCUUUUAAAUGUGGAGUUUGUGGCAAAUCUUUUCAUUCGCCGAUCAAUUUGAGAAACCAUAUGACAAUUCACAACAAGGGUCAUCAUCAGUGUCCUCAUUGCACUGCAACGUUCCCGUGGCCAUAUAAACUAAAGAUCCAUAUUCGUACUCACACUGGUGAAAAACCUUUGAAGUGUAAAAUUUGUAACAAAGCUUUUCAUUCGGCAGUCUACGUGAGAAACCAUAUGUCAGUUCACAACAAGGACAAACAUCGAUGUCCUUAUUGCCCCGCCAAGUUCGCACAGGCAUACAAAUUAGAGAUUCAUGUACGCACUCACACUGGCGAAAAGCCCUUCAAGUGCAAUAUUUGUAACAAAGCAUUUCAUGGAGUGUGUAACAUGAAGCAGCAUAUGAAAAUUCAUUACAAGGAUCAACAUCAUCAGUGUCCUAGCUGCCCGGCCAAGUUCGCGUUUUUGUAUAAACUAAAGCUUCAUAGUCGAAUUCAUAGCAGCGAAAAAGAGUCCAACAGUAACGCCAAUGACAAAGCGUUGUAUAGAACAGACAACAUGAAGAAAGAAAUUCUUAAUCAGGACCAAAACUACCAGUGCUCCCAAUGCUCAGUCAAGUUUGCCCGGCCAUCCCAACUAAAGAUUCAUAUCCGCACUCAUACUGGUGAAAAACCUUUUAUGUGCAAAAUCUGCAACAAAGCAUUUCAUAGAGUAGAGAACAUAAAGCAGCACAUGAAAAUUCACAAUAAGGAUCAGCAUCAUUCCUGUCCGCAUUGCCCGGCAAAGUUCCCCUGGCCAUACAAAUUAAAAAUUCAUAUCCGCACUCACACCGGCGAAAAGCCUUUAGAGUGUAAAAUCUGUAGCAACACGUUUCAUUCGACCGUAAACUUGCGGAAUCAUAUGAAAAUUCACAACAAGGAUCAACAGCAUCAGUGUCCUCAUUGCUUCUCCAAGUUUGCUCGACCAACCCAACUAAAGACCCAUAUCCGCACCCACACCGGAGAAAAACCCUUUAAAUGUGAAGUAUGUGGUAAAUGUUUCCAUGCGACGCUCUACCUGAAGCAGCACAUGAAAAUUCACAACAAGGAUCAACAUCACCAGUGUCCUUAUUGCUCCGCGACGUUUGCUCGGACAUCACAACUAGAGAUUCACAUCCGCACUCACACCGGUGAAAAACCCUUCAGGUGUGAAGUAUGUGACAAGUCUUUUCAUUCGACGGUGAAUCUGAGGAUCCAUGAAAAAAUUCACAACAAGAACCGAUAACUUCCGUGUUCUUAUUUUCUCUCCACACUACAUAUUAAGGCACAUACGUAAUUUAUUUUAAUAAAAAAAGUUACAGUUUCAUCUAGAUGAUCGUUUUCGUCAAUUGUUUUAAAAGCAUUCCAUAACUAUUAUAUUAGCGUAGCGUAGAUUAUAUUAGCGUAGCUCUGAGGCACCAUAUGUGCCAUGUGUGUAUCGUUAAGAUAGACAUUGGAAUUUUUAAAGGAAAUUCAUUAAUUAAGGCUAUUUAUUUACGUUAUUUCUUCGUUUUUUGGAGAUGGUAGUCUUUGUUAUCGGAGCAAUUGCC